ACUCACAUGGGUGGCUUUCAGAAUGACUAUCCACGACAGACCGCCGACAAUCGCGAGGUCCAGUCAUGCUCGGACACUGCGACUUCUGCCGAUGAACUGUACGGCCUCACACAAACACCAUCCUUCCGCAGUCAUGGCAUCCUUGGACUGCCAGCUAGGCGGCGAAGACCAGGCCUUCAUACGAAUAUCAAGAAAGCGAGGCAGCUAGACCCGAACCAAGGUCGGUGCGCGAUCACGGGUCGGCGCACCAAUGUUGUUAGCUGCCAUAUGCUCCCAUUGAACACGGAUGACACAACACUCUCGCAACUUGAAUGGGCGUGGGGCGUAGGCUGGCGGCGUCUCGACGUCACUAGUCCGUAUAACACGCUUUUUGUUGGGGCAGAAUGGAAACCCUUCUUUGAUAGUGGUGACUGCUUCCUGAUUCCUGAGCUUCCCAUCCUCCGCGCGCUCCGGGCAUUGGCUCAGAGGCAAACGGCGAAGCGCCGUAUCAAACUGAACAAGACGCUUCGCGGUCGGACUAUUUUCAAGUACUACUUCAUCGCCAGUUCGUCAUUGGAGGAUGCGAUCAUUUCCGUUGAGUCAGCGCAUCGAACUCGUGCGGUGCAUCCCUAUCCUUUUGCUACAUUGAGCCCCAUCUUCAGUCAUGUUCGACCACAGUUCGUCAUGCGUCGGAUGCAAGACAAGUUCAAAAAAUCGCAUGGAGAACUGAGCCACGCGUUGAAGGAGGUCCUUGCUUGGCAGGAAUCACUGCUGAGCGAGAAGGCGUGGUACCAACAUACUGACACCAAAGAGCUGGCCGCCAUGACUGCAUCCCUAGGAGCUACCAUGGAUAUCGUAUCUGCGGGCUCCGCAUGGAUGAGCUGUCCAAACCCCCGUGCCUUCAAACAUCGUCUUCGGGCUUCAAGACGAUAUGAACGCGUAUGCGGCUCACUUAGUUUAGUCACGUGCUCGAGUACGGAUAACUCUGCACUCACAAACCUAUUCUCGCCCACUUUAUGGCCCGAGAAAAGGCAGAACGUGUAUAUGUGGCUUGCUCACGCCAAUCGCGAAGCGGCGGACACAGGCUGGGAAUCUGUUACCCUCAACGAUGAGCAGGUCGCCAAUUUCAAUGGAGCCGAGCCCUCCUUGACACCACUCGCAGAAGACGAAUGGCACAAUUGGCGUCCGUGGUGGUAUCGUCAGAAGGUGACGCGCAAGGACUCGAGACAGUUUUCGAGCAAUGAUUGGGCUGCUCUUGAGUUUCAUGUUUACUUGCCCGUCUACUAGGCCAACUGUGGUCCUUUUGAGCUCGUCGUUGGAGAGCAUAGUACCUAGAGCUGCUGGUGGUAUUUUUCUAUCCUAGGUGACCGGGUUUAAUUUGUGCCAAUACCAAGCACGUUUACUACAAUUUUAUGUCGCUAGAUACUCGAGCACUCUACGGGGGAGAACUAAGUGUCCUAUUACUGUAAUGCAUUGAAGCUUAUGUCUUCAGGUGUCCAAACC